AUGGAAAAUUAUGAGGCAUUUGUAAGCUUUGAUCUCUCUAAGAUUCCGCUCUCCAGUGUUGCUCAGAAAAUUAUGUCUGCUAUGCAUUCAGAUGAUUUAACGGAUUCUGAGAAUUGGGGAGAGAGUACAAAGACUGCAGAAGUGAUAAACAGAUCCAGUUUUAAGUAUUCAAUACUACUUGAAGAUGGGAAAAAUCAAUCAUUGGAAAAAAAGAAUCUUAAAUCUUUAACAAGCCAGACAUCAAGAGGUUCCACCAAGCCCUCUCCUCAGUCCUCCAAUGUCAGCUGUACACAUCAGCUAUCUACUGAUCAAAACCAGAAGAGCAACAGCUCACUGGCUCUUUCCAGUUGUUUAAUUCCAGAAUGUAAUCGAGAGGCUUCAGUUCUACAGAAAAUGGAACAUAAAAGAAAGAAUGUGCUAGAGGCAAAUGCAAAUAAUGAAAAUAAGGGAAGCAUGAAUCUUAAAAGAAAACAUAUUACAUAUAAUAAUUCAUCAGAGAAAACAAGUAAACAAAUGGCACUGGAACAAGAUGCUGAAGAGAUUGAAGCCUACUUAAAUUCUGGGAACUCAAGAGCAUUUAAAAAACAUUUUUGUGAUAUUCGAUGUUUGGAUGAUUUGGCAAAAAGCCAGCUGAUUGAAAUGCUCAAACAGGCAGCAGCGCUGGUGGUAACUCUGAUGUUUAAGGAUGGUUCAACCCAGCUAAGAGCUGACCAGGCUCCACUUUCCUCUGUUGAAGGAAUUGUCAUGUUACUCAAGAGCCAAGCAGAAGGCAGCUGUGGAGGUGUGGAGGCCCCUGCCUGUGGCAGUGUUCUGGGAGAGGCCUUCCUGUCUGGUGAUCAGUGUAUCUACAUACAAACAGAGCACUCUUCUAUCAGGGGCCAAGAAAAAAGGGCACAUAAUCAAUUUGCCAGGAACGUGUUAUUUCAAACACUGAAAUGUAAAUGCCCUGUUAUUUGUUUUAAUGCUAAGGAUUUUGUGAGAAUAGUGGUGCAGUUUUUUGGUAGUGAUGGCAGUUGGAAGCAUGUUGCUGAUUUUGUAGGGCUAGAUCCCAGAAUUGCAGCUUGGCUUAUAGAUCCUAGUGAUGCCACACCCUCUUUUGAAGAUUUAGUGGCAAAAUACUUUGAGAAAUCUAUUACAGUUAAAGUGGGAAGCACAUAUGGAAAUUCCUCAAGAAACAUAGUGCAUCAGAAUGUACUUGUGAACCUGAGGAUACUCUACAGACUUACGAUGGACCUUUGCUCUAAAUUGAAGGUUUAUGGUUUAUGGCAACUAUUUUGUACUUUGGAGCUUCCUCUGAUACCAAUUUUGGCAGUGAUGGAGAGCCACAGCAUUCAGGUGAAUAAAGAAGCAAUGGAGAGGACGUCAGCACUUCUUGGGGCUCAUCUCAAGGAAUUAGAGCAAGAAGCCCAUUUUGCUGCAGGAGAACAGUUUCUUAUAAGGAGUAAUAAUCAGCUUCGAGAGAUCCUUUUUGGCAAGUUAAAGCUGCACCUGCUGAAUCCAAGAAAGAGUCUUCCCAAAAUGAGGCUACAGAAAUACCCAUCCACAUCAGAAGCUGUGUUAAAUGCUUUGCAAGACCUUCAUCCAUUACCCAAGAUAAUUUUGGAAUACAGGCGGGUCCACAAGAUCAAGUCAACCUAUGUAGAUGGAUUACUGGCUUGCAUGAAAAAGGGCUCCAUCUCCUCUACAUGGAAUCAAACUGGAACUGUGACUGGAAGACUUUCAGCCAAGCAUCCUAAUAUCCAAGGUAUUUCCAAGCACCCAAUUCAAAUUAAGAAACCUCGAAAUUUUAAAGGUAAAGAAGAUGAGAUUCUCACAAUCUCCCCAAGGGCCAUGUUUGUUUCGUCCAAAGGCCACACCUUCCUAGCAGCAGACUUUUCACAGAUUGAAUUACGCGUUCUUGCACAUUUAUCUGGGGAUCCAGAACUUUUGAAGUUAUUCCAGGAAUCUGAAAGAGAUGAUGUGUUUUCUACUCUGACUUCACAGUGGAAGGACAUUCCCGUGGAACACGUGACACACGCAGACAGAGAGCAGACCAAGAAAGUGGUGUACUCGGUGGUCUACGGGGCAGGGAAGGAGCGGCUUGCUGCUUGCCUUGGAGUUACUGUUGAGAAAGCUGCCCAGUUUUUGGCGCGUUUUUUGCAGAAGUAUAAGAAAAUCAAGGACUUUGCCCAAGCAGCUGUUGCCCAGUGUCAGCAGACAGGCUACGUGGUGUCCCUCAUGGGCAGAAGGAGAGCCCUGCCAAGGAUCUGUGCACAUGACCAGCAGUUCCGGGCACAAGCAGAGCGACAGGCCGUGAAUUUCGUGGUGCAAGGCUCAGCCGCCGACCUCUGCAAGAUGGCCAUGGUCCACAUCUUCACUGCAGUGGCCGCCUCCCCGACCUUGACCGCCAGGUUGGUUGCCCAGAUUCAUGAUGAACUGCUGUUUGAAGUGGAAGACUCGCAGGUCCCCAUGUUUGCAGCUCUUGUCCGGGAAACCAUGGAGUCCUUGCAGCAGGUGCGGGCACUGGAGCUGCAGCUGCAGGUGCCCUUAAAGGUGAGCCUGACUGCUGGCCGCUCAUGGGGACACCUGGUGCCACUGCAGGAGGCCCUGGGCCCUCACCGGGGUCCAAGUGGCACUGAGCCUCCCAGCAACAGCCUGGCUACCUCCGUCAGCACCUACCCCCCACCGCCAGCGCAUUUUUCUCCUUCAUUUUGUCUGUAACCCCAGGCAACCGUGGGAAAGGAGAGCUGGUUUCUACCAGCCCAUUGUGUGGCCUUCCCCAAGGUCACCAGCAGUUUUGUACAUUAACCCUUUGGGGGCUGGGGUGGCCCAGUCAUCCCUAGA